ACUUGCACAGCAGCGCAGAGCUACGAACGCACUUACCGCAAAGGCUCCGGGAAACACUACUGCUUUUAAUAUAAAGACAUGGCUGAGGAUGAGGUGACUCCAGAGCAGCUAGCAGCGAUUGCAGCCGAAAAUGAGGAGCCGGAGCCGGUGAACUACAAACCUCCAGCCCAGAAGAGUGUGAAAGAGAUCCAGGAACUGGAUAAGGAUGAUGAGAGCCUACGCAAAUAUAAGGAAGCCCUGCUUGGUGCCGGGGUUGCUGAAGUUGAUCCCACCUCUCCCAACGUCCAGGUGACCCGGAUGUCUCUGAUGUGUGAAACCGCCCCAAACCCUCUCGUCCUGGACCUGCAAGGAGACCUGGAAGCCUUUAAGAAGCAGGCCUUUGUGCUGAAGGAGGGAGUGGAAUACAAAAUAAAGAUCAGCUUUAAGGUGAACAGGGAGAUUGUUUCAGGUCUGAAGUAUGUGCAGCAGACAUACAGGAAAGGAAUGAAGAUUGACAAAUCGGACUACAUGGUGGGCAGCUACGGGCCUCGUCCCAACGAAUACGACUUCCUGACCACGAUGGAAGAGGCCCCGAAGGGCGUGCUGGCCCGCGGCAACUACGUCAUCAAAUCCAAGUUUACCGACGACGACAAGCACGACCACCUGAGCUGGGAGUGGAACCUCAACAUCAAGAAAGACUGGAAAGACUAAAAAAAAAACUAAACAAGAAACAAGGGAAAAAAGAGGCCUUUGUGUCGGGGGGGCCGAGGGAAACCAAUCCCUCAGCCUCCGUGUGUUCCUCAGCACCCCUCCCAUUUCCCCUUACUCAUCCCCCCCUCAACCACACACACACACACACACACACACACAUGCCUGCCCCCGCGCCCCACGUUUCUGCCUUGUUUGUUUUUACUCUGUUGUACAUUUCAUGCUCUCAUGCCUUAGUUCACACCUUGGCUGUCUUAACACCCCAGCGUCCAUCCUCACCCACCCCUCUCUGUCCGCAUCAGUAGCAGCAGUGGUAGCAGCAGCCCCCCCCCACCCACCUCCACCCUACUCCCACAGACUCCACUUGCCCUUCCGUCCAUCCAUCCAUCACCACCUUCCUUAAAGUUUCAUCGGUUGCACACCUGCUCACCGACCUGCCAUCCUCAC